CAUAUAUUCACUUUAAUAGUUCUAUGACCUAUAUGUGCCGCAGUAUAGAUAGAAAAUGAUUAUAAGGAGUGGAGUGAUAAGGAUGAACUGUUUACUUUCACUAGAACUGGUACAGAGUAAAUACUGUGUUUUUUAUUUCCAACUUAUCCACAUUUCAAAAAAUUAGAGAUCACUAUUAUCUAGGAUUUAAACCUAUAGAAAGCAGCACAAUGGGUUUGGUAAUGAGCAGUAUCCAGUAUAUUUUUGGAGGAGGUGAACAAGGAUUAGAUAUUCCUGAUAAAGCUACAGGAUUAACCAUCAGAGAAAAACGACUUAUAGUCAAUAGUUGGGAACAAAUAAAAGUCAAUAUAAAACAGAAUGGUGUGGCAUUAUUUAUUGGCUAUUUUAUUGCUUAUCCCUAUACCCAGGAUUAUUUUCACAAAUUUAAAGGGAAAGAUUUAAAACAAGUGGAAAAGAGUGCUCAAAUGCGGUCUCAUGGUACUACGGUAAUGCAUGCAUUGAACGCUCUGGUUGAAAAUCUAGAUGACCCAGAAUGUCUUGUUGAUUUGUUACAGAAGAAUGCUGUUACCCAUUUUAAACUUGGAAUACGUUAUCAACAAUAUAAGGAAUUGUUCGAUAUGUUCCCCGGAUAUUUAAAAGAUCGCAUUGGAGCUCAAUGUACCGAACAGACAGUGGUGGCAUGGAACAAAGCUACUAACGUUAUGUUGUCAAUAAUUGAAACAGAACUAACUAAGCAAUCCAAUGUAACGAAAUAAAACAGUUGAACCUGUUAAAUAAGGACUAUUAUAACUAAUGACAAGAUAAUAAUAGCACAUUAUGGAAAUAGAAAAUCUAAUUCCGUGUGAUAAUCUGGUAUUUUAAUGGAUUCAGAACAGUAAUAGUAUGAAUAGUAUAAAUAGCAUCAAAUAGACAAUUUCCUUGUAUAGAUUUGUAGUGUAGUGUCGUUACUGAGUUUACUUUUCUGUUGUUAAUGCUUGACCACAUUCUGGUGUCCAGCACAAUUCAGAAUAGAUAUAAGUAUACAUAUGCAUUUUUGGGGCUGCUUCAAGAGUAGACUACUUGUGAAAAAAGAAAGUUACAUAAAUGUUCUUAUACUGUUAGUAUAUGUUUGCUUAUUUACAAUCAUGUACAGGUAUCAAGGAGGCAGCCAUAAAGGAAACACUUUUUAUUCUCUGAUCAAAAACCACAAUAUCAUUGACAUACUUUUAUUAUUAUUUUUAUCAUUAUUAUUAUCAUUGCAUUUUGAAUCAAAGGUGGCUCCCUACUGCCACACUUUACUUGCAUGUCGGAGCCAUUUAUGUUUAUAUUUGCACACUCUCGAUGACACAAUAAAGAAGGUAUGAAUAGAUCUGUAAAAGAACAAUCUUAAUCGACAAUGUGUGCACCAACCUACACAACCAGAUAAUUUAACGUUUCAAAAUAUUUGAUAUAAUCGGUGAAAUCAACAUUACGGAAUCACAGAUAUAUCUCUUAACUGUUUAUUUUGAUUUCAGCUGGUAUAGCAAACAAUUUUCUCAGUGUAUUCCUAUAAUAACAGGUUAUCGGAAUUCUAGCUGUCUUUAAAUUUCUUUAUUUAUUAAUAUAAUUAUACAAUAUUAUUGUUUAACAUUAUAAUACAUGUAAUUUUAUUAUAAUAAAAACCAAAUACAGCCUGCAGAAGGCGAA